AUGGUGACGGCCAAGGAGGCCGCGGCGGCGGCCAUGGACGCCAGCAAGUACGUGCGGUACACGCCGGAGCAGGUGGAGGUGCUGGAGCGGCUCUACUACGAGUGCCCCAAGCCGAGCUCGCUGCGCCGCCAGCAGCUCGUCCGCGACUGCCCCGUCCUCGCCAGCGUCGACCCCAAGCAGAUCAAAGUCUGGUUCCAGAACCGCAGGUGCCGGGAGAAGCAGCGGAAGGAGUCGUCCCGGCUGCAGGCGCUGAACCGGAAGCUGACAGCCAUGAACAAGCUGCUCAUGGAGGAGAACGACCGCCUGCAGAAGCAGGUCUCGCAGCUCGUCUACGAGAACGGCUACUACCGCCAGCAGACGCAGAGCGCGGGGCUGGCGACCACGGACACGAGCUGCGAGUCGGUCGUCACCAGUGGCCACCAGAACGUGGCCGCGGCGGCGGCACAAGCCCAGCCGCGCGACGCAGGCCCUGCUGGGCUCAUGUCCAUAGCGGAGGAGACACUGACGGAGUUUCUGUCCAAGGCCACUGGGACCGCCGUCGAGUGGGUCCAGAUGCCCGGGAUGAAGCCUGGUCCGGAUUCCAUUGGAAUCAUUGCCAUCUCGCAUGGUUGUGCGGGUGUCGCUGCGCGAGCCUGCGGCCUCGUGGGUAUGGAGCCUGCCAAAGUUGCUGAAGUCCUCAAGGAUCGGCCGCUGUGGCUACGCGAUUGCCGAUCUAUGGAGGUGGUGAAUGUUCUUCCUGCCGGUAACAAUGGCACAAUUGAGCUUCUCUACAUGCAGCUAUAUGCCCCCACAACGCUGGCGCCAGCUCGCGACUUCUGGUUGCUGCGGUACACCUCCAUUCUUGAUGAUGGAAGUUUAGUGGUAUGUGAGAGAUCACUCAGUACCAAGCAUGGCGGCCCAAGCAUGCCUCUUGUCCAGCCUUUUAUCAGGGGUGAAAUGCUUCCUAGUGGGUUCUUGAUUCGGCCUAGCGACGGUGGAGGCAGUGUUAUACACAUCGUUGAUCAUAUGGACUUGGAGCCUUGGAGCGUGCCUGAAGUCGUGCGGCCACUGUAUGAAUCAUCUGCAAUGGUUGCUCAGAAGAUGUCAAUGGCGGCUUUGCGCUAUCUUAGGCAGGUUGCUCAUGAAGAUACCCAUUCUGUAAUAACCGGAUGGGGACGGCAGCCUGCUGCUUUACGGGCUCUGAGCCAAAAGCUCACCAGAGGUUUCAAUGAAGCUCUCAAUGGGCUUGCUGAUGAUGGAUGGUCUGUGAUUGAAAGUGAUGGAGUGGACGAUGUUUGUAUCUCUGUGAACUCAUCCCCGAGUAAAGUGAUCAACUACAAUGCAACUUUCAAUAAUGGAUUGCCUGUAGUCGGUAGCAGUGUACUCUGUGCAAAGGCAUCGAUGCUGCUGCAGGAUGUUUCUCCGCCGGCACUCCUGCGCUUUAUGCGGGAACAGCGGUCGCAGUGGGCUGACAGCAAUUUAGAUGCAUUCUUUGCUUCUGCAAUGAAACCAAAUUUCUGCAAUUUGCCUAUGUCUCGCCUUGGAGGAUUUAGUGGUCAGGUCAUACUUCCUUUAGCCCACACGUUUGACCCUGAAGAAUUCCUCGAGGUUAUAAAAUUAGGAAAUGCCAGUAAUUAUCAAGACGCACUCCUGCACCGUGAUCUGUUUCUGUUACAGAUGUACAAUGGGGUAGACGAGAACAUGGUAGGCACUUGUUCAGAGCUCAUCUUUGCCCCUAUAGAUGCAUCAUUCAGUGAUGACUCACCACUGCUCCCAUCUGGUUUCAGCAUCAUUCCAAUCGACGCUCCUCUUGACACAUCCAGCCCCAAGUGCACGUUGGACCUUGCCUCCACCCUUGAAGUUGGAACUCCCAGAAGCAGGAUAAAUGGGAGCGGUCCUGGAAAUUCUGCUUGUGCUGGCUCAAAGGCUGUGAUGACGAUCGUGUUUCAGUUUGCCUUCGAGAGCCAUCUGCAGGACAGAGUUGCAGCCAUGGCGAGGCAGUACAUGCGAAGCAUCAUCGCAUCAGUUCAGAGGAUCGCGCUGGCGCUCUCCUCCUCGCGCCUAGUUCCUCAUGGCAGCAGCAUCAGUCACAGUCCUGCUAGUCUGGAGGCAACCACGCUUGCCAGAUGGAUCUGCCAGAGUUACAGAUUUCAUUUUGGGGCUGAGCUUAUCAAAUCCGCAGACGGUAGCGGCUGUGAAGCAGUGCUAAAAACCCUUUGGCAUCAUGCCAGUGCUAUACUCUGCUGCUCUUUGAAGGCCUUGCCAGUGUUCACGUUCGCAAACCAGUCCGGCCUCGACAUGCUGGAGACGACCCUGGUGGCGCUGCAGGACAUCACCCUGGAGAAAGUGUUUGAUGACCAAGGGAGGAAGAACCUGUGCGCGGAGCUCCCUGGCAUCAUGGAGCAGGGGUUCACGUGCAUCCCCGGCGGGCUGUGCGUGUCCGGCCUGGGCCGGCCGGUGUCGUACGAGAAGGCGCUGGCGUGGAAGGUGCUCGACGACGACUGUGGCGCGCACUGCAUCUGCUUCAUGUUCGUCAACUGGUCGUUUGUGUAA